AUGUUGCCUUACCUGCAAGGUGGUUACAUUGUGACUGUGCCUGAUAAGCAAGGCAAGGAACACGCCUUUGCUUCAGGUUUGAUUGAAGGCCAUCACACCCCGGAUGGUGUUUGUGGAGCGCUAAAAUUUGAUAAGCCUACUUUCUCGGACAAUGCCAAAGUAAUUGGCCGGGGUUAUUCGAGCGGGCCUAGUCAAAUAGGUCGGGCCUCGCAGCUCUUAGCUGGCUAUACGCCAGAGCUUCCGAUGGUCGUUGGUACUAUGGUAGCACGCCUGCAAGUAAAAUGGCAAACUGGCUUCUUUGGGCUGUCAUGA